CUCCCUCUGCCCACAAUGGAUCUUUGUCCUGCGUUCUUCUCACUUCUCCUCCUCCUCCUCAUCACCCAUCUUUCUUUCUUUACCACCACCGCCUCCUCGAAUGACACGGCGGCCCUCACUCUCUUCCGUUCCCAGACAGACCUCCACGGCACUCUCCUCUCCAACUGGACCCUCCCGCCAGCCUCCAACGCCGCCACCACCGCCUGCACCGCCUCUUGGGUUGGCGUCAAAUGCACCAAUGGCCGCGUAACCGCACUCUUCCUCCCUUCCCUCAACCUCCGAGGCCCCAUCGACUCCCUCUCCUCCCUUGACCAGCUCCGCCUCCUCGACCUCCACGACAACCGCCUUAACGGCACCCUCAGCCCUCUCAUCCGCUGCCUCAACCUCAAGCUCCUCUAUCUCUCCGGCAACGACAUCUCCGGCGAAAUCCCACCAGAUAUCUCCUCCCUACGUCGCCUCCUCCGCCUCGACCUCUCCAACAACAACCUCAGGGGCCCCAUUCCUUCCCAAUUCUCCAAUUUCUCCCGCAUACUGACCAUAAGCCUCCAGAACAAUGCCCUGUCUGGGACCAUUCCUAAAUCCCUCGUCUCCUUACAGGAACUCAAGAGCUUGAACCUGUCGAAUAACGAAUUUUACGGAGCAGUUCCUCAGGACUUGCUCAAGAGAUAUGGUGAGAAUAGUUUUGCUGGGAAUGAAGGUCUUUGCGGAACUAGUCCUUUACCCCCCUGUUCGUUCACUGGGAAGCAGCCACCAUCUUCUUCGCAGACCGUGCCAUCAAAUCCUAGUUCGUUGCCAGCGACAACUGCCGCAACUUUUCCGACUGAAAAAUCGAAAACUCAUUCGAGGAAAAAACUUGGUAGCGGAGCACUAGUUGCGAUAAUCGUGUCAACUGCUGUGGCUGCAUUAGUGAUCGCUUCCUUCCUGAUAGCCUAUUGCUGCGGGAGGUACUCGAGGGAUGGCAGCUCACUGGCUGGGAGCGAGAGUGGGAAGAGGAGGAGUAGUUAUUCCGGUGGUGAGAGGAGGGUUUAUGCCAACAAUGGCGGUGCAGAUAGUGAUGGAACCACGGCCACUGAUAAGAGUGCGCUGGUUUUCUUCGACAGAAGGAAGCAAUUUGAGCUGGAAGAACUGCUCCGGGCAUCGGCUGAGAUGCUGGGAAAAGGGAGUUUGGGAACCGUUUAUAAGGCGGUUCUUGACGAUGGCUGCACCGUGGCGGUGAAGAGGUUAAAGGAUGCUAAUCCUUGUGCAAGAAAGGAGUUUGAGCAGUACAUGGAUGUGAUUGGGAAGCUUAAGCAUCCAAACAUUGUCAAGCUCAGGGCUUACUAUUAUGCCAAGGAGGAAAAAUUGCUUGUCUGUGAUUAUAUGCCUAACGGCAGCUUGCACUCUCUCCUUCAUGGGAAUCGCGGACCAGGGAGAAUUCCAUUGGAUUGGACGACAAGGAUCAGCUUAGUGUUGGGAGCAGCUCGAGGGCUUGCCAAGAUUCACCAAGAGUAUGCAACCUCCCGAAUCCCUCAUGGGAAUGUGAAAUCAUCGAAUGUGUUACUUGAUAAGAACGGCGUUGCUUGCAUUUCUGACUUCGGGUUGUCACUCCUAUUGAACCCUGUUCAUGCCAUAGCCAGACUGGGAGGGUACAAAGCACCCGAACAGGCAGAGAUUAAGAGGUUAUCCCAAAAGGCGGAUGUUUACAGUUUUGGAGUAUUGCUUUUAGAGGUUCUUACAGGUAAAGCUCCGUCGCAAUACCCUUCACCAAGCCGUCCUCGCCUCGAGGAAGACGACGAAGAGCAGCCGGUGGACUUGCCCAAGUGGGUUCGGUCAGUGGUGAGGGAUGAGUGGACAGCAGAAGUUUUUGAUCAAGAACUGUUGAGGUACAAGAACAUUGAGGAAGAAUUAGUUUCAAUGCUACAUGUAGCAAUGGCUUGUGUUGUUCCACAGCCGGAAAAGAGGCCCACGAUGGCUGAAGUGACCAAACUGAUAGAGGAGAUCCGGGUGGAGCAAUCUCCAUUGGGUGAAGAUUAUGACGAAUCCCGGAAUUCCCUCUCGCCGUCGCUUGCAAAUACUGAAGACGGUGGUGUGGCCGGCUAUUGAUCUACUGCUGUCCUGUCCGUCGGCAUUUAUGAAACGCUUCUGUCAUUUGCGUUUGCACCGCCUUGGUGCAAAGCAGACUCUCCUAUUUGCCUGAAUCUACGGGCGAAUAGAAUAUGUCUCCACAUUAGUUUGUAAAAUUUGUAUGCUUUGUUUAUUCAUUUGCCUUCCAACAUCGCAUAGUUCAGUGGCCCUUUCUCCUCAAGUGUACUUGUACUCGUACUACCAUUUUAGUAGUUCAUAGUAACAUGCCGUCCCCCCGGCAUGUUUUGCAGACGUCCCUCUGAUUCCAAAAUUUGGAUGCAACCCAAAUUAGAAAGGAAGAAAUUAGAAUUGCUUCCAAUCCAGGCUACAAUAUGAUAUCCACUGUUGCCAAUUAUCCCUGUCCUUUUCUCAUACUGUUUAUGGAUUUCUUUCCAAGCUGUUGCCAAU